CAAUUAAAAUACCUGUGGUGCAGUUCUCUUCACUUCAAAGUAAUGAAUUGAUUACAAUAUUUAUAGUUUUUAUUAUACAGAGGAAGAAUGAUCCAAUAUUAACUUUCGUGUCUAAAUAACUAGCCUUUCGUUCAGGAAUGUGAAGAGUGAGUCGGUCACUGAGGAGUGAGGACAUAUUGGAAUGAAAAAGAGAGACAGAGUAUAACAAUUAGAAGGGAUACAAUUGAAAUGAUAAUUUCUGAAAAUGUUGCAUAUCUUCUAUUCAGAUAUUAAAAUAACAAUGAAUGUAAAAAACCAUCAUUCAGAACUAUCGACCAAGUAGUAAAAAUGAUUGUUAUUGGCGAUAAUUUUAAAAUUUUAAUUUGACUGAAGACAAAGAUGGAACCAUUAGUUUUCUUUUCGUGCUGUGUCGUAGAUUUCAAGUGGCGCCACCUACCCUGUCAAUGUUGUUAGGCUUACCAAUAAAUGGAGUCUAGUGAAGUUGAUUUGACAAAAUUUAUUUGAAAAUCAAUCGGAAUAAUGAAAAUUCUUAGAGAAAUGGUAAAUAAAUGCCAUGAAUUGGUAUUUACAUGUUGUUUUUCAUUAUGAAGUACUUGGUUUGUGCUAGAGAUACACCACUGUGGAAAUGUUUACAAUGUUAGACAUGGGAGCCACCUUUACUGUUUGACACUGUAUUCACGAUAUUAUUACCUAUUAUUGAUGAAAAAUGGUCAAAUAUGCAUGGAUUUCAAAUUGUACUAUUGUUGAUUCAAACACUUAGAUAUUUACCUAUGGUACAUGUCCAGCAAAUGGAUAAUUAUGUAGUUACGAGGAAGGCAUUACUUACGUGCACCAUAUAAGUGCGAUGUCCCAGAGAAUAAAAAGGCCUAAUCGUUCUGAAGAUGGCUUUGUACCCGUCAAAAGGCGAAAGCGCAUGGCGGUGGAAGAUGAAGAAGCCGCCACCCUGGCCAGGAUUUAUAAUAGAAAUUCGAAUGAGGCCCCCGCAGAAUUAUUCCGUAAGGACCUCAUCAGCGCAAUGAAAUUGCCAGACUCCGAACCUCUUUCUAUAGAUGAAUACUGGAUAAUUCAAGAUCAAUGGAAACAGGAAUGGGAAAGGGGAGUUCAAGUUCCUGUCAAUCCGGAUUCCUUACCCGAGCCAUCAGUAUCUAUUAUUCGGAAUGCUAGAAAGUUGGUACACGAGUUCAAGCUACCCAAGAACAAAUACAUCCGUAUAACCAAGGACGAAAACUUCAAAGUGGACGAGCACGUUCUUUCCAACGCUCCUGGCCAAGCAGAAGAUGCCUGCUCCUACGACUUGGACGAAAACGACGUAGCAUGGCUCAAAUUAGUUAAUGCAGAACGCGCGACUUGCGGACUUGGACUGGUACACGAAGAUCAGCUGGAGAGGGUGAUGGAACGCUUCGAGAUGGGCUGUUGGGAGAAGAUACAAACCAUUCUCAGGAACGAGGAAGGUCUGGGAAUCGAGUUCGACGAGAAUGUUAUAUGCGACGUUUGUAGGUCCCCUGAUUCAGAAGAGGGAAACGAAAUGGUCUUUUGUGAUAGUUGCAACAUCUGCGUACACCAAGCCUGUUACGGAAUCACUCGGAUACCGGAAGGUCAGUGGCUCUGCUGCACUUGCAAUCUCGCCAUUAGACCUAAGUGCGUUCUUUGUCCUAAUAAGGGCGGUGCCAUGAAGUGUACGAGGUCCGGUCAGAAGUGGGCUCACGUUUCUUGCGCUCUUUGGAUUCCGGAGGUCAGUAUAGGCUGCGUGGAAAAGAUGGAACCCAUCACCAAAAUCUCCAGUAUUCCCGCUAGCCGUUGGGCUCUCAUUUGUGUGCUGUGUCGAGAGAGAGUCGGAGCUUGCAUCCAGUGUUCCGUGAAGACGUGCAAGACCGCUUAUCACGUGACUUGCGCGUUUAAACACGGCUUGGAGAUGAGGGCGAUCAUCGAAGACGAGAAUGCCGACGACGGAGUUAAACUGCGAUCCUAUUGCGAAAAACACAGCAAAUCUAGCAAAAAAGAGAAGAGCAUAUGUUCCGGUUCCGAAGACGACGAUAGCAGAAGAAGGAAACGGAAAGAUAUGACGUCGGAAGAAAAAAACCUAGCUCGUGCCGCUAGAUUACAAGAGAUCGAGUCGGAAUUCUACAAAUUCGUAUCCGUCAAAGACGUUUCCAUCAAUCUAAACGUCGACCAAGAGGCCUUGACUCACAUAUACAACUAUUGGAAACUGAAGAGGAAAUCUGGCCACAACAAACCGCUCUUGCCGCCUAGAACUGAAGAUAUCGAAGUUCUGGCCAUCAGUCCGGAAGAUAUCGACACGGAAAAAUUGAAGACGUUCGUACAGUUGAGACAGGAUUUGGAAAGAGUCCGAAACCUGUGUUAUAUGGUGACCCGGAGGGAAAAAUUUUCUCGCUCACUAUUUCGAUUGAGGGAGCAAAUUUUCCUCAAACAGACUGCCGUUUUGGAAAAUGGUAUCAAUUUGCCGAGCGCUGUUAUGAACGCUGUUGUUGAAGCCAAUCACGGCCCUUCUAUAUACGACAGGCUGUAUUCUCACGAUCAAGCUCAGGAUCAUGCCGACAAUUUUGAACUUAUUUUAGCGAGAAUACAAGGAUUGAAAUCUCCUACAGGAUCUGAAGACGAAAAGAAAGCCGAGGUGAAUGGACUGUUUAAAGAUGUUAAAAGUAAUCCUUACAAGAAGGUGUACUUCAACGGAUCGAAGAGAAGAAGUUCAGCUUUAUACAGUAGUAUGUCUAGUAGAAGUAGUAGUAGUAGCGAUGAGAAGAUGAAAGAAAUGAAAGAAAAUAAGGAGAACAGAUUCAAUAGUACAUCAGACGAUGAAAAACCGGUUACUGGGAAGAAAACGGAACUCAAAAAGCAAAUAAAUAGGAAAAUUACAGACAGACGGAAAAAAUCUAUUUCAACGAAUCAAGUCAAUUCGGAAAGUAGUAGUGAAGAAGAUAUUAAACAUCCUGCAAAAAAACAAUGGUGUAAUUCGACGUUUAAUCGAUCUAAACUCAGUAUUGUAGAACAUCAGUUAGGUCUUUCUGGAACUGAUAGUGAUGAUCUGAUGGACUUGAGGAAUAAUCGAAAAACUUUGAAUCAAAAAACCAAAAUUUCGUCGAUUUACUCAGAUAGUGACAGUUCCGAUUCUACCAAAAACGAUGAUAAAUCUUCUAAUGCCAACAAUAGCGAUUCCCAGCAAAAAUUGAGAACUAAGGCUUCUGUUAAAGAGUUCUCAAACAAACCUUCCACUUCUAAAACUUCUGACAAAGGCAGUACGGAAAAUAAGAAAAAGACAAAACUUGAAGAGAAGAAAGAAAACCCGUCAAAGAAAAAAGACUACGUCCCAUCAAAUUUGAUUGUACCUCAGAGACAAGCAGCUAAGAAGGCUAGUGAAAACUUGAAGAAUACCACCACUGGCAGGCCUAAAGACUCUUUAUCCUCUCAAUGUGAUGAAACAGUGAAAAUAGAAGAGAAACCAAAAGCGCAGAAACAGAGAGCCAAAAGUAGAGAUGCUAAAGAAACAUUCAAAGAAAAGACAGAAAAAACUGACAAAACUGAUAAAUCUGAUAAAACCGAAAAAACAGAUAAAGUAAAUAAAAUCGAGAAAUGGGAUAAAACCGAGAAAGCAGACAAAAGCGAGAAAGUGGAGAAGUCUGAAAAAUUGGAAAAACCAGAUAAACACGAAAAAGACAAAUUAGUGCCAAUGGAAAUAUCGGAGAACGAGAAAGAUGACAAAAUGGAUACCAACGACUUAUUGGCAUACGUUCCUCAAAGGCAAGCAGCUAAAAAGGCUGCAGAACACAUAAAGAGUGGACUUGGCAAGCCUGUAAUUACAGCAGAUAACACGAUAGCUAACGAUUCGGACAAAAUGAAGAAAGACAAUGAAAGUUUGUGUAAAAGCCAAAAAGAUGACGUUAAACCUAAGAAAGAAUUGGAAAUCGAGAAACCCGCUAGAAUCACUGAAAGCAAAAGAAAGUCUUCCUCUAUCAGUAGUUCGUCUUCCUCCAGUAGUUUUUCAUCAGGUUCAUCUUCGAGUAGCAGUUCAUCAAGUGACGAUGACGAUGAUAACGAUGAAGAAACUGAACCACAGAAACCGCGAUCGGAGAGCCUCAUUUCGUUGCCAAAUCGAGAUCAGGUUAAGCGAGCUAAUGCCAAGGACCGGCCCUUUCUUGACAAGGGAGCCAAGUCCUCAACAUUUAGCAGUAGUGCUUCCGACUCCGGUAACUCCACACCAUCCUCUACUCCUCAGAAAUCCAAUAUCGUACCAUCACAACCUAAAACACAACCUGCUCCACAACCGGUUGAACCGCCAAAAUCAGACCGAAGGAAAAGUACAGAGAAGAAAUUACCCUCACCGGCACAUGAAAGAGAAGAAUCUAAACUUAAAGGGAAGUCAUCCAGAGGAAGACCACGCUCAUCCAAUUCUAGUGAGGUCGGAAAUACUAGUGGCGGGACUAGAGAUCUGUCUAGUGGCAAACCUGUCGCUGUGGACAAAGAUGGACCCAAAAAUAGAAAGAAAAAACAACUCGUCUCAGAUGAAGUGGACCCAGUUGAGUCAUCGGAAAAAACAUGUCAGCCAUCUAACUUACUAUCUCCGGUCAGGGAAAAAGAUACCAAGUUAGCAGCAGAGAGUCCUGGGAGAAAAGUGCUGUCCGAACCCGAUAAAAUGACAUCAAAUAUAGAGAAGGAAAUUUUAGAGAGAAAGGCAUCGAAAGAAAACAAGUGCAAGUCGACUUUGGAUAGAUUAUUUGGACCUAUCGGAAAUACGGAAAAACCGAAGCAGGAAGAAAUCAAGCAUGAAAAGCAGAAUAAAAAACAGUUGGACAAACAAAUUAAACCUGAGAGAUCUGAAAAAUUAGUUGAUAAAACAUUCAAAGAAAACAAAGAACACCCGAUUGUGAAAGAAAAAUCGCCUAAAAAAUCACCUUGUAAGAGUCUGAAUAAAAUUGCCGAAGAGACAUUCAACACCAAGUCGAUGACAGAGGUAAAAAUAUCUACCAAGGUCGAACCUUGUAUGCCUGAAAAAUUAUUAGAAUUGGAUGAAAAAAUAACUGUAUCUACCUCUGAAGAAACUUUAGAAACCAAACCUAAUGAAGAACAAUUAAUUAUACCAGAAAUUCAACAGGCACCCGAAAGAUUAGAAAAUAUUAAGGAAAAUACAGAAAUGGUUGUGAAUUCAGGUAACAUGAGCAGGUCGAUAUUUUCUCCCCAACCUCAAACAAAAGAAACAGAUUUACUCGACUUCGAUAAUUUCGACGAUAGUUUGGGAAUUUCUAAGGAAGACGACAUUCUUAGGCCUUUUACAUUUAACACUUCCAUCGUUAAUAACGACACCAGAGAAGAAAACGUUAGGGAAACUCUGAACUUGGUGGAGAAGUUGAGAUUGGGGCUUUCUAAAAAGCCAACCGGUUGUGAAAUUGAUGACACUCUUAGCAUAGGUUCGAAUUCUAAACAUGACGAUCGCUCAGAAUUCUUAGAGCAAGUAGUUCCUGAUAAUGUGAAUGAUGAACUGCCUGUUAUUUCACAACCGAUAAAGCAGGAAGAUCAAAAGAAGCCGAUGAUCAACCUGGAUAUGAAAGUAGAGCUAACCCAAUCCAAAUUAUUCGACAAUCACGAUCAAAACGACCAAUUUAUGAAUUGUCAAGCAGAAGUUCCGGUAGAGUGCAAUAAGAGCAUUCCGAUUCAACAGCAUCAAGGUUUAUCGGACACUUUGACAAAUCAGGGUGACGAAAGAUGGGUUCCGCCCAGCGAUCCGAAUUACCCAAGUAUCCCUGUUAGCCAUCAUCAAAAUUUCAUGACAAACACUCCACAAGUCGACUCCCAAAACUUCUUGGACCAAUAUUCUGCGAUGGUUCUAGAUCAAGAACAUCAUAAGAAAUAUCCCGAAGUGAACAAUAUAUUGGCGGACGUAGGUGCACGUUUGCAAGAGGAAGUUUUAAAGAAUCAAUCUCACCUGUUGCACGGACAGAGAAUCUCUCAGCCGAUGAUGGAAGUGAUGCCAGAUAUGAAUCCGAACAAUACCAAAUUUCCUGACCUCCACAUGCACCCGCCGAAUUGGCCCGAUGCGUUGUUGCCUAAUCGUAGAUCGUCGUCUAGUUCGGCAGCGUCGUCUAUAAGCUCGCUAUCUCGUCGUAACGAAAACGACGAAGAUCCCAACAAGGUUCGAUCCGAUAUGAUGGUGGUGAACCCACCGCCGAACAUAGAUAUUAGCUUGUUUCCUACGCAGACAAUACCAACAUUCCAGCCGAACGCUCUCGAGCCAUUCGCUUCGUACUCCGAAACCUUUGUCAAUCCGGUGAGCCUGUUCGCAGGACCCAACCUAAAUACUCAGUUAGCUUAUCCUUCGGCAGGUCCUACAGGCUUUCCACCCGCGUUUGGCGCGCCUUUUCCGACACCACACGUUUUACCUCCGAUACAGAAGCCCGAAGAAAAUAUCCAGUAUCCUUCGGCUUGUACAGCUGCUUUUACUUCUUCGCAACACAAUAUGGCCUUGACGGCGGCGAUGGUAAAUCUACCUACAAAAGAAAUAGAACCUCAUCUGGAGGAGACACUGCCUCUUUGUCAGAACAGCGUUGAUUCCUUGCAGAACAUCCAACAAAAGGAAACCAUUCCACCUCCUCAAGAGUCUCCUAUAGUUAGCAGUGCCGCUACAAGCGUUUCUGUAUCGGUUGCUUCUUCGCCGAGUCAGAAAUCUACAACGGGUAAGAAAUCACCCAGCAAACCGACUAGGUGUUCAGCAAGGGUAACGUCUCAAAUGAUGAACAAAUCUCCGAACAAGAGUCCAGGUAAAAGUCCACGACAAACGGAGUUGUCCAAACACGGAAAUGCUGGUAAGAGAGAUGGUAGAAAAGGUGGUAAAGGUUCUACCGGUAAAGGCAAUCAAUAUCAGGGCAAAGGCAGGGGAAGGGGAAGAGGAAGGAGUAGACCUCCCAUUUCCACUCCACAUCUGGAUUACGACAUCAUGGGCAACACUAAUACCAUCCAGAAGUUGGUAGGCACGGUGUACGAUCUUGAUUUCGAUGACGAAUGGAACGAGACGGCAGACUUGAAAUCGAUGAGAGAGAGGCGGAAAUCCAUCGACACGCACGAUAAGAAAUGCGACAAUUCCUACUUGAAAGACAGCUUAGAUUCCCCUAAAUUUUCUAGUCCUUUACAAAAUUCCCACAAGAACAGGUCUUUCGUCGACCUUAGCAACUUGAGGCCACCUACACCGUUCGACGACUCAAAUCACUCUAAAGAAAGCGAACCGACCAGUUUGAAGAUGGAAGACGAGCCCCCCAAAUCCGUUUUCCCAGAUUUGGUUCCACCGUUUUUGCCUGGCCCUGUCGAUAUGAGAACGUACAAUAGUACCUACGAAGAACAAAAAUACGAGUCGACCAACCUAUUGCAAGCAUUUGCCGCUGGGACCACCGAAAAUCCAGUACAUGAUGGGAUCGAUGAAGAAUAUGAAAAAGAACUACACGCUGCUCUUAUGUGUAAAGAGAAGAGCGAACAAAAUGCAGUACCUGAAAUCAGUAAUAUCAAAGCUUCCUUAUCGGAUUCGAGGAAUCAACUCAAGGUUAAAAUAAAGGGACCUAUAGCGAAUUACACCUCCACCGUAGCACCUCUGCCUCCACCGAUGGUGGAUCCUAUAGUAGUUAGUAACAUAAUUCCUAAUUCGGUUUCUGCUAACGUUGCAAACAACGCUAACGCUACUGGCACUUCCAAUUUAAGACGUAUGAGGAAGAAAGAACUACUCCGCCAAUAUUGGUCACAGGAUAUGAGUACAGAUGAUCCUUCAAGCAUUCCAAUAAACAAUACUCCAGCGGAUCCUAUCAUUAAUCGAACUGUGACCAUCCCGAAGGCUGUGACUUCAGUUACCAGUAUUCCAACAAAAGAAGAUUACAGGGAUUAUAGAACUGGUAUUGACGAUUACCUUGAAACUAAACAACAUAAAAAAGAGACAAAGGCUAGAUCUGCUCUUUCAAGAGAACUAAGGCAACUCGAUUUGUCAUUAGACGAUGAAACUUUAUCUGACCGAAGAAGAAGUUCCGUUACCGGAAGCAAUAAUUUAAGCUUUAAUGAAACCAGCAAACGAAGAGGUCGACCGCCGAGAACUUCUUCAGAUCAACAACCCUUAGCACCUAAACUGAAAAUAAAGAUAGGAAACAAUAGUAUAAUUUCGUCAUCUAGGAUAGACGACAAGAAAGACAAGAUACGUCCUCCUAAAAAACGUAUAUCCAAUAUACCGAUGCCAAGUGUCGAAGAUCUGAAAAGAGAAAGCAUGAAAUUCAGGAAAAUGAUGAUGGCGGAGUUCGGCGAAGAGAAGAGAAAGAAGAAAGAUAGGAGCGAAAGGAAAGAAAGAAGCGAGAAGAAAAAGAAGAGAAAGAAGCACGAUGUGGAGAUAAUAGCUAAGAACAUGGAGAAACCAACAAAAUUGAUAUUUCGGUUCAAUAAGAAAGCGGACGGGGAAACGAAUAAACGGACAAGCGUGAACAGUGACAUUGACCGUUCAGUGACUAGCGAAAUAAAAAGUAGUGCCUCGGUUGUGGGGGAAAGUUCAAGUGCAGGUGAUAGGUGCUCCCCGCCUAAAGUGACUCCAAUUAAAUUGAAACUAAGUAGGUGUCAGGAAGGUUCGGCUUACAUAAUGAAACCAUCGAUCGAAGACAAUUCUCACACAACCAAGGAAGAGACUCCAUCUUCUCAGCCGGGACAGCCCCCACCCCCACUACCGACGCCCCCUCCUUCGGCUGAAAUGACGUUUCAACUUCCACCCGAUCCCUUACCCCUAAAUAAAGACUGUGAAGUUAGAUGAUAGUUGUGUAUAUUGAAUUUUGAUCUGUAAAGUAUGUAUAUUAUAAAUAAUAACAUCGGGUAGGCAUAUUGGAUGUGCAUUUCAAGGACGAUUUUUCAUAGAAUAUUUAUUGAUAUAGUUGACUUUAUUAGAUUAUUUGAAAGUCUUUCGUGCUUUGGAAUUUUUCAUUAUCGACAAAUAUUUUUUGUUCUGUUGCAGGUAUCCUGUAACUUGUGGGCCCUAGUGCAAAAAUUGAUACUAGAGAUCGAAAUAACAAGAUUUUUUUCCAUAAAUGUGGUGCAAAUGUUGGCUGUUAAAAAAAAUACAGGGUGUUGAAAGUGAAAUAUGAAUUUUAAAAAAUCGCGAUAAUUUAAAAUUAUUAUACUGGCGUUUUAGAAAGUGAUAUAUCCUAUAUUAGGGAAUAUUCCUAUUAGGGGAAUAUCUUAAAUGGCUCUUUUGGAGUCAAUAUAGUAUUAGCUUUAAAAGGCCAAAAAGUAUAAAAAACUUAAUAUGUGGUUAUGUAUGUAGAAAGCUCUCUUUUGAGAUGAGGAAAACAAUGGUAAACAAAUUUUCGAUUUCAUAUCUUCAUCUGUUGAAAUAAUUUUGCAAUUUUUCUAAAGUUAUGUUGCACUUUCAACCCAUAUUGUUUUAGCAUCUAUCAUUUGUCACCAUAUUUAUUGACUAAAUAUUUUUAUUUCAACCUCUAGUAUUUACCUAUUGCACAACGAUCUAUUAAUUAUGGGACACCCUGUAUAUGUAAUAUUCGCAAGAAAUUCAAUUCAAAUCAACGUCAAGUUUACAAAAUAGAAUCAGAAUUUAAUGCGUUUUUCUAAAUAAAAAAAAAUAUUCAAAAGUAGGAUGUUGUGAAAUUAGAAAAGAUCUGUGGAAUAUGGCAGUAAUAUUCAAAGACAAUGUGCAAUUAUGUUUAUUUUAUAGUGAUUUUAGAAAACACAUUCCACCAUUUUUGUCUAAAUAAUUAUUCUACAUUUGUAUUGAAUAAUUGAUGUGGAAGGGAAAAUAAGUUGAAUUUCGAUUUGUAAAUAUGAGAAAUAAGCAAAGUGUGUACUAGAACAUUUUUAGCCUUAACUUAUUUAUUUAUUAAGUACAGAAUUAAAUAUUUCUUGAUCUCAGUAAGACUUGAUGUUUUCUCAUAUAGAGUGCUAUUACAUCAAUGUUAAAAUUAUAUAAUUAAAUAAUGACCAUAAAGAGAAUUGUAUGUCCUUGAAUUGCAUAACUGAAUUUGCUUUCCUGUAGGUGACCAGUGAGGCAACUUGUACAGAAACAAAGAUAGCCGAAAAAUUCACCUGUUUUAUAUCACGUUGUUGAGCUGUUUACUGUAAGUGCAAAGUCUAAGCGAAGCACAUAUUUGUCGUUAAUUUAUAUGUACAAAGUCAAUUACAGCUACAGACGUGUAUUCAUAUUUUUGUACAUAUUGUAAGUUAUGGUAUUUGUGAAUAUGAAAUAGUACUAAUUUAUAAAUAUAUAUACAUAUAUUAUAUUUCAUUUAAAAUGAUUAAAUCGUGUUGACAAUUUUGAUAGCUAGAUUCGUUAUAGAUUCAUCAAAUAUUGUACAGAACAAAUGGCUUGGUGCAAUUCUUGGUUGUUGUUAUUGAAGCCAUUUAUUUUUUUGUACAGUUUUAUUAUUUUACUCAUUGCCUCGAUGACAGUGUAGUAUAAAUUACUUAAAGAUUUUAUUGAAAUUUAUAUAGUUAUGUAAUUUUAUUUUUUUACAUGGAAAUGUGUUUUUACCGAGUGGCUGUUAUGUGUGAAGUCUUAAGUAUGUGUAGAUAUAUAAUUAACUUCAAGUAUUAAAUACACAAGCCAUUUGUUUGUGUCAUGUUGUAUGAUAAAUAGAACAAAUUCUACCAAUUUAAGUAUUGGGUCAACAUUGAAUCAUUUUUUACGGAAUUCAUUCAUCAUCAUUGAAAUAAUUUUUGGAAUUUUAAUUUUCAAUCUCCAUAUUGAGAAAUUGUCAGAAGCACAUAGGAAUAUCCUUUAAAUUUGUACAUUCAUCAUCAGGAAGAAUUGUAACAUAUGUAAGUGUAUAAUUUUAACAAGAUAUUCUACACAUACCUAGUUGAAAGAAGUAUAAAUUAUACUCAAUUUAUUUUCAUGUUGUGUUUCAAUUUUAUCCAUCAGCUCCAUUUCUUUGCUCAAAAUCAAAACCUAUUGAAUUGUUCUUGUAUUCUCAUCCAUAUACAUCACUUUUUUAUUUUUUGAAACUAAUAAAGUCUUGUUGAUUUUAUAUAAA